AUGGCGGCCACCAAGAUGACCAAGAACCAAAUGCGCCGGGCUAAGAAGAAGGAACAGAAGAAAGCCCAGACUGAGAAUGGCACCAAGGCUCCCGAAACCGAGACCACGAACGGCGAGGUGACAAUAGACGCCAAGGAAGACGCAACCGUGAAGAACGAAACUACACCAUCAGAUUCUGAAGUCAAGAAGGAAGAUUCACCCCAGAAGAUCGAGGUCGAUGGCCCCGUCGAUGAUCAAGUCGGUGUCGAGCUUUCUGCUUUCGAUGAGGACCCCGCUUUCGCAGCCUACAAGAACAUCUUCGAGAAGUUUGGUAUGAGCCUGGAUGAGGACGAUGUGGCGAGGGAAGCAAAUGCGGGCAACAAGGGAGAAGUUUUCUUCGACCAAGACGAUGAAAUUCCCAGCGAGGAGGAGGAUGCAGGCAAACUAUCCAAGAAGAAGCGCAAGAAGCUGAACAAGCUCUCUAUUGCGGAGCUGAAGGCGUUGGUCAAGAAUCCAGAGGUGGUUGAGUGGCAAGACGUCUCAUCAUCCGAUCCCCGCUUGCUUGUCCAGAUCAAAGCUCAGAGGAACAUCGUCCCCGUACCCAGCCAUUGGUCCCUCAAGCGAGAAUAUCUUUCGAGCAAACGUGGUAUCGAGAAGCCGCCCUUCAAGCUUCCAAAGUUCAUCGCCGAGACCGGCAUUACAGAGAUGCGCGAUGCCGUGCUCGAGAAGCAAGCAGAGCAGACUCUCAAGCAGAAACAGCGCGAGCGUGUGCAACCAAAGAUGGGAAAACUCGACAUCGACUACCAAAAGCUCUACGACGCCUUCUUCCGCCACCAAACAAAACCAGACCUUACCAGGUUUGGCGACGUCUAUUACGAGGGCAAGGAGUGGGAGGCAGAUUAUAAGGUAUUCCGCGCCGGCGAGAUUAGCGAUGCGUUAAGGGAAGCGCUAGGCAUGCAGCCCGGCUUCCCUCCUCCAUGGCUUCUCCAGCAACAGCGUGUCGGUCCUCCUCCAUCCUAUCCCACCCUCAAGAUCCCUGGCCUCAACGCCCCGCUACCACCGGGUGCCGAAUGGGGCUUCCAACCCGGUCAAUGGGGCAAGCCCCCUCUAGACGAGUACAACCGUCCCCUCUACGGCGGUGACAUUUUCGGCAUCAUGGCCCCCGGUCAACGAGGCGCCGCCGCUCCCUUCCAACAACCCCAGUCACAAGGACCCGCGGCCACUGGUUUCGGUGGCGAGCCUGUCGAGCGCACACUAUGGGGUGAGCUCCAGCCUCCCGCCGAAGAAUCAGAAGAAGAAGAGUCCGACGAGGAAGAGGAUGAGGAUGAAGAGGAAGAGGACCACGACAUUCCGCCCGGCGGCACUGAGACCUCCAUCAGCCAAUUCGACGCCGGACACCCCUCCGGCUACGCCAGCAGCAUGCAUCCCGGCGAGGCGCCUGUCGAGACCAGCAUGGCGGGCGAAUUCGACCUGCGCAAGACGCGGCGCGGCUACGAGACGGAGGAGUCGGCCGCGCCCAGAUCGGCAUACCAGGUUAUUCCCGAAAGGCAGACGCGCGCCGAGGGUUUCUUUGGUUCCGACAAGACGUACGAUUUGGCGUCUGGCAGGCCGGGUGCUGGGCCUGGACCUUCCGUACCUGUACUCGGAAGAGACGAUGACGAUAGUCGCAAGAGGAAGAAGCCUGGUGAUGUGGAGGUGGCGCUCGAUCCGGAUCUGUUGGCGGCGCAGGCCGGGUUGAGUAAGGAGGAGUUGAGGAAGAGGUAUGAAGCUGGAAGAAAAGAGGAGGGUCCGGGUGCCCAGUGGGCGAGUAGCUAUGAUGAUGAUUUGAGCGACAUGAUUGCGCAGGAAAGUAGGAAGAGGCAGAGGAGGGAGGAAGAGAGGAGAGAGGAGAGGAGGGGUGGGAGGAGGUAAAGAGCUCUUGAGUGUCCAAAGAAUUGUUAUAAUCCGCAAACAAAUUGUUCAAGUUGGGCGUUGGACGGUGAAAGGUCUUCAUAAUGAACUACAUAACAUAGGAGAUGAAAGUGUUGUGUUGGUUAUAAGGACUAAAUGCAUCCUAGAAUGAGAGACCAUGUCCAGGAAUGUUCAAGUUCGCUUUUCUUUCUUCA